AGGUCCUCCGCGAGCUUCCGUCUUUUCUAUUUGUGUACGAGAGGAGAAGCGGACGACGGAGAGCGGACUGUUGUUCUUUGAAGCCGUUGCUUUCGCCAAAUUAUCGAGUUGGAAAUUUGAAUGCUCGCUGUUUUUAUUGGCCAGGACUAUUCAUACAGAGAUGUCGGACGACUUGAUGAAGCAGUUAAGCAGCUACAAAGCUCAGCUGCAGCAAGUGGAAGUUGCCUUAUCUACCGAUCAAGACAAUGAAGACCUCCUAAAACUCCAAAAGGACUUACAGGAAGUCAUCGAUUUGACUAAAGACCUCCUGACCUCACAGCCCAGUGAAGGUGCUUCCAGCACUAAUGGCUUAGAGACAGUCCCCACGAAGCACAGCUGGAAAGUGGGGGACAGGUGUUUGGCUGCAUGGAGUCAGGACGGACAGGUGUAUGAGGCGGAGAUUGAGGAGCUAGACCGAGAAAACGGCACUGCAGCCGUCACCUUCACUGGAUACGGAAAUGCUGAAGUGAUCCCUCUACAGAACCUCAAAGCAGCAGAGGAGGGGAAACGUUCUGAUGAAGACGGGAGCUUAAAGCCUAAAUCAAAGAAAGAGCAAAUAGCAGAGCAGAGAGAGUAUAAGAAGAAGAAAGCCCAGAAGAAAGUGCUGAGGAUGAAGGAGUUGGAACAAGAGAGGGAGGAACAAAAGUCCAAGUGGCAGCAGUUCAACAACAAAGCCUACUCAAAGAACAAGAAAGGACAGGUAAAGAGGAGCAUAUUUGCAUCUCCAGAAAGCGUGAAUGGAAAGGUGGGAGUGGGAACGUGUGGCAUUGCAGACAAGCCUAUGACCCAGUACAAUGACACGUCAAAAUACAAUGUCAGACAUCUAAUGCCCCAAUGACUUAAUAUAUUGUGUACAUAAAAAUUCACUGUAUAACAGCUGUACCAGUGCUUUCCAUUGUGUUUAUACAUGAUUUAAGUUUCUCAAGUAAAGAAAAGUUGUAAUUGUUUACACACCAUUGUUAAAAUAUUGAUAUCGAUGUAGUUUUCUUAUAGGGACAACAACAACGAAGAAUUUCCCUGCACUAGAACAAGGUCAUUCGUUGUUUAAGAACGGAGUUGUGUUUUAGAAAAGCCAAAAAAAUUGCCAUUUGUCUGCGGGUUCCACCGAGGCCGAACUCCUGCUGAGGUGUGUAUAAAUAUACACCUGUAGAUUUGGUGUUUAAAUUUGAGGCUGCAUUUUAAACACUGGCCAGUUCUUGGUGUUUCUGAACAUUAAAAAUGGUGUUGUGUGUAUAUAUAUAAAAUGGUGAAAUAAACAUUGUUUUGUUUUCAGUUUUUUAAAGAA